UAAGUUCUUUCUGGUUGUUUUGGGUGGGUAUGUGGUGUGUGAGCUUAUUUGAUGAUGAAUCUCCAAAAAAAUAUUUACAGUACUUAUUAUAGCUAUCAUCAUUAUGGAAUCACCAUCAUAUGUAAAGUUAGAUCAAGUGGAAAAUUUGUGAAUCUCAACAGUUUGAUUACAAGUAUUUAAUAAAUUGCUGUGAGAGGUAGAGUACAUGUUAAAAAGGAUGGAGGAAAUAGAAAUUACAGCAAGAAAUUUCAGCCAGUUGUUGGUGGAUUUUUCAAGAUGGUAUGAUGGACUUGGACAUGUCAAUAUGCUGAAAGUUUUGUACAACAACAGAGAUCAUGUUCCCAUUUAUAGUAAGUUAAGUGAGGCUACUAAGGUGAUGCCCUUGCUAAGUAUGUUAAUUGGUUCUGGGAAUUUGAGUCAAACAAAUCUUACUAUCCUGUAUGACACAAUAAAAGUUACUGGACAAUUUGGCUUCAACUCCAGAAUUGCACUUCCACCUUUACAAAGAAUCAGGGAACAUGAAGUGUCUACAUUUACAUGGUACAGACAAUUCUUGUUAAAGCUAGGAAUGCAACUGACUGAAGAUGAUAUAGUGGCGCUUGAUGUACGAUAUAACAUGCCGGUGUUAAAGAAUUAUGAUGAUAGCUGGCAAUUGAUUCUGGAUCUAGAGCAAAGGAAGGAGCUUUGUGAAGAAAAGAUUUACAAUUUUAUUGAAGGAUUACCAAGUUACUUGGCUGUGAAAGCAUUACUUGAAGAUAACCGAGAUGUAUCAACAUCAAAACGACCAAUGAUAAAUGAAGGUAUUGAAGAACCAUCAACAUCAAAACGACCAAAGUUAAAUGAAAGUAAUGAAGAACCAUCAACAUCAAAACAACCAAAAUCAAAUGAAGAAACCAUUGGUAAUGCAUCUUCAAACUCAGAACAAGGAAGUGGUAAAGGCAUUCCAAGCAUAUCUUCAGACUCUUCUGGUCUUUGUGAUGAAGACAAGGUUAUUAGAGAAUAUCUACUAAGUAGACAACAGAGAGUGUGCAGCACUGGCAGAUGGUUUACACCAGCAACUUGGAAUACUGCAUACCAUUUAGACAUUGCUGACAUGUUCACUGACCUCGACCUACUCAAAGAAGGCAAAAACCAAGUGAAGGAAGAUGCCAAGCCAACAACUUUGAAGGAUGUUUUAGAUAUUAUAAAAUCAACACCUGCAUGUAAAGUUCUAAUAGAAGGUGAGGGUGGUAUCGGCAAAUCAACCCUCCUCAGGUAUGUAGCAUACGAAUGGUCCACAGAGCAAUCAGAUGAAAUGUUCAAAGGUAAAAUAGUGUUUCUUGUCAGCAUAAGAGAUAUUGAUGUAGGUGAAACUAUUUUGGAUGCUAUUUUGAAACAAAUAGACCCUGAGGAUUUUCAUCUUGAAACAGGUUUUUCUCAUAAUCCUAUAUUAAUAAAACGAUUUAUUCAAAAACACAGUGAUAUCGUAUUGUUAUUGGAUGGAUUAGAUGAAUUGAAAGAUGGUAGUGGGAGUCCAAUAAGCAUUUUCAAAAAUGAAAAAAUGUACAAAUGUAAAGUGAUACUUACAUCACGAUCUGAAAACCUCAAUGAGUUCAUUAAAUAUAGCAACGUACAUGUGAAAGUAAAGGGAUUUGAUAGUGUUCAUAUUGAAAAAUACAUUAAGAAACAUUUUGCUUUCUUUAAAAAAACUGAAUUAGGAGACUUGCUAAUUGAGGAGUUAUCCUAUAAUAUGGUAGUACGUGAUAUGUGUAAGAAUCCAAUGUUGCUUCUGUUAGUAUGUAUCACAUGGGAAGAAAAGAAACACCUUCCAGCUGACAAAGCUGACCUCUUUAAAGAUAUUUUUAGAUGCAUCUUGAAUCGUUUCAUUGACAAACAAGCAGCUAAAGAGAAAAAAAUCUCAGUAUUUGAAAAUACUCCAAAGAAGUUUGUAAAGGCAAUGCUUCUGUUAGGAAAGUGUUUCUGUAAAAGCUUAAAGAAAAACCAACUUUCAAUUAACAAAAGAGAUUUGAAAGGACCACAAGAAAUGGUUGCACUGGCUUUAAAACUGGGAUUUGUGUAUGAAGAUACACCAAAUCAGAAAUCUGAUUUUGAAGAGAUUUUUACAACUCCUCACAAGUUGAUAGUAGAGUCAUUAGUAGGGUUUUACUUAUAUAAACUAUGUCAGACAGAAAUGUUGGAGAAUGAGUGUUCAAAGGGCAUGGAAAUGCUGCUUAAGCCAUUGGCUGAUAAUGAAUGGCAAAUGAUAAGAAGAAGUGAAAAUUUUCACAUGGCAAGGGUGUUUACAAUUGGAUUCCUGGGUGCCAAGUCUGGCAUAUUUUUGAGUCAUUGGAUAACUAAUGAUAUCUCAGCAUAUCAUUCUUUAAUGACAUAUUUAGAAUUUGUAAAAGAAGAGCACAUGGAUACUGUAGAAAAGGCAGUUAUUGAUCACAUGACCAUGACAGAUUUAGAAAUAAAGCCACAUAUUUAUGGCAUUUGUAAAUCAGUAAGAACAUUUAUCAGUUACAUCAUUCCCAAUGUCAAGCUCAAUCAAAAUGAGGAUUUCAUAAAACUUAUGAGAAAAAUUGGAUAUAUAUAUGAACAUGAGUGUUUAAAUGAAAAAGUGGUAACUGACAUUGAUCGUUUUUUUAGAGGAAUGUCAUCUGAAGAUAAAUUUAGAAUGCUUGCCCACAUAAUGAUUGCUGCUGUGUCAAAUCAUACGCAAGGCUAUUUGUAUAGAGAAAUAAUUUGUAGAAUAUGUAUUGCUGAUGAUAUUUCAUACUUAACAGCUGAAUAUCAGAAAUUUAAUUUCAAAUAUAACAUAACAUGCUAUAAUUUUACAACUACAGCUUCAUGUAUAGUUCAUCUGUUUACUAAUGCACCACAACUUACAAAUUUAUAUUUAGACGCUUCAUUUCCUAUGAAUAAUGUGAUUAGAGAAGUAGAGGUGUCAAGUUCGAAUUAA